AUGCUGAAAACCGCUGUAUCGGGAUUUUCUCUUUGCAAAAAAUUUCCACACCACAACACCACAGCCUCCGCUUUGUUGUUGCUCAAGCAAAAUUCUUCUCAUCAUCAUCAUCCAGUGAGAUUUUUCUCGACUAAAAAUUCCAUCACCAUGGCUUCAUUCCAAAAGAUUAAAGUUGCUAAUCCAGUCGUUGAAUUGGACGGAGAUGAAAUGACCCGUAUUAUCUGGGCCUGGAUCAAGGAAAAGCUUAUCCUUCCAUAUCUUGAUCUUGAUAUCAAGUAUUACGAUUUGGGUAUCCAAAAGAGAGAUGAAACCAAUGAUAAGAUUACUGAAGAAGCUGCUCAUGCCAUCAAAAAGUACAACGUUGGUAUCAAGUGUGCUACCAUCACUCCUGAUGAACAACGUGUUGAAGAAUUCAAAUUGAAGAAGAUGUGGAAAUCACCAAACGGAACCAUUCGUAACAUUUUGGGUGGUACUGUAUUCAGAGAACCAAUCGUUAUUGAAAACAUUCCAAGAUUGGUUCCUGGAUGGACCAAACCAAUCGUCAUUGGUCGUCAUGCUCACGGUGAUCAAUACAAGGCAACCGAUUUGGUGGUUGGUGAACCAGGUAAGAUGGAACUUGUUUUCACUCCAAAGAAUGGUGGUGAACAAAAGAGAUACACUGUCUUUGAUUUUGAGGGUGCUGGUGUUGCUAUGGGAAUGUACAAUACUGAUGAAUCCAUCCGUGAUUUUGCUUAUUCAUGCUUCAAUUUGGCUGUCGAUAAGAAGUGGCCAUUGUACUUGUCCACAAAGAAUACCAUCUUGAAGGCCUACGAUGGUCGUUUCAAGGACAUCUUCCAAGAAAUUUAUGAAAAGGAAUUCAAGGCUAAAUUCACUGAAUUGGGUAUUUGGUAUGAACAUCGUCUUAUUGAUGACAUGGUUGCUCAAACUUUGAAGAGCAAUGGUGGUUUCAUUUGGGCCUGUAAGAACUAUGACGGAGAUGUCCAAUCCGAUAUUGUCGCUCAAGGAUAUGGUUCAUUGGGUUUGAUGACCUCUGUUUUGAUGUGCCCAGAUGGUAAGACUGUUGAGUCCGAGGCUGCCCACGGUACUGUCACCAGACACUACAGACAACACCAAAAGGGUGAAGAGACCUCCACCAAUCCAGUUGCUUCCAUCUUUGCUUGGACUCGUGGUUUGGCUCAUCGUGCCAAGUUGGACAACAAUGAUGCUUUGGCUAAGUUCUGUGAAUCUUUGGAGGAUGCUACUAUUGACACUAUCAGAGAAGGAAAGAUGACCAAGGAUUUGGCUAUCUGUAUUCACGGAAACAAUGUCAGCCGUAACCAAUAUCUCAAUACCAAGGAAUUCAUGGACGCUAUUGAUGCUUCAUUGAAGAAGAAACUCGGAUUAUUAAAACCAAAUAGUCAUAGAGUCUCCAAGCUUUAA